AUGCGAUCAGUCUCUCCUGCCUCCUUCUCAGUCAGAGCGCGACUGUCAUUUUCAAAAUGCGGAAGAGGGCCGCUCCACCCGCAGCGCGAGCACUGGGCCAAUGAGGUGAACUACCCGGAGAUCCUCACCAGUGUCUUCACGAACAACCUCAAAAUUUACAGGGCCAACUCUUCUGACAACGCGGUUUCCGUCAACAAACUCUCGGAACCCAGCAAGCUGUUUGGCUGUAGCAUAAGAGGCAGAGUCGGGGUCACACAGAUUUGGACCAAGCUCGGAAUCCCAAGGGCCUCUCAGAGGACGUCCUACGUUGAGCUCGGCGGGGGUCAGUCCGGUGGACUCAUGUACUGCUGA